AUGAAGCAGCUACUAUGUGUCCUGCUCGCCUCAGUGGUGGCCGCCCAGGGGCCGCUGGUGGAGAAUCCUAGAUCCGACUACACUGACUUUGCAUGGGGCGACUCAGCAGCAGACGGCGCGGCCGUGAGGACGGGUCGCAUCGUGGGCGGCGGGGCGGCAGCGCGCGGCCAGUUCCCGUUCGCCGCGUACGUCAACGUGGCCGGCACGACGGCGUGCGGCGCCGCGCUCAUCACCGACGGCUGGCUGCUGACCGCCGGCCAGUGCAUCUACUCGUACAUGGAGUGGACCAUAUACCUGGGAGUAAUUGACCUGGUAACGACGGACGACUACUCAGUGGUCAUCGUGACCAACUCAGGGUUGGAGCACCCCGGCUAUGACGCCACCACGUUGAGGCACAACAUCGGACUCCUGAGUGUGCCCGGAAGAGUCUUCUUCAACCAAUACGUGACGCCUGCCGCGCUGCCGCGGUACUCAGACGUGGACAGCACUUUUGAAGGCGUCGACGUCAUGGUCACCGCCUGGGGGGCCCAGGCAACAGGCGGUGCGGCGGCACAGACCAUGUGGUACGCUUACUUCCAGCCGGUAGCCAUCUGCAGCCCCGCCUGGUCCUACUGCGGCAUUGGGCGCUACAACGAGGCCAUCUGCACGGGUGACUUCGGGAGUCCGAUGCAGCGCGCCGAGUCCACUGGGAACUACACGUUGGUGGGCGUCGCCAGCUUCAUACAGGGCACCACCACCUGCGAGGGUGCCACCUCUGGCUUCACCAUGGUGGCCGCCUACCUCGACUGGCUCAACCGGCACACGCAGCUGGAAAUCCUCCCUUGA